CGCGGGAUGAAGAAGGACGAGUCGUUCCUGGGCAAGCUGGGCGGCACGCUGGCCAGGAGGAAGAAGGCCCGGGAGGCACUCUGCCACCGUUCUGCUUUCUGUUACGGGAUGAUGCAGUAAGAAGGCCCUCACCAGAUGCCAGCACCAUGACCCUGGACUUCCCAGCCUCCAGAACUUGAGUGACCUGCAGGAAGAAGGCAAGAACGCCAUCAACUUGCCGAUGUCCCCCGCCCUGCUGGAUAUUCACCCCGAAGACACCCAGCUAGAGGAGAAUGAGGAGCGUACUAUGAUAGACCCCACCUCCAAGGAAGACCCCAAGUUCAAGGAGCUGGUCAAGGUACUCCUCAGCUGGAUCAAUGACGUGCUGGUGGAGGAGAGAAUCAUCGUGAAGCAGCUGGAAGAGGACCUGUACGAUGGCCAAGUGCUGCAGAAGCUCUUGGAAAAACUGGCAGACCGCAAGCUGAAUGUGGCUGAGGUGACACAGUCUGAAAUAGGGCAGAAGCAGAAGCUGCAGACUGUUCUGGAAGCGGUGCAUGACCUGCUGCGGCCCCGUGGCUGGGCGCUCCGGUGGAACGUGGACUCGAUUCACGGGAAGAACCUGGUGGCCAUACUUCACCUGCUCGUCGCCCUGGCUGUGCACUUCAGGGCCCCGAUCCGCCUCCCCGAGCACGUUACCGUGCAGGUGGUGGUCGUGCGGAAGCGGGAAGGCCUGCUGCAUUCCAGCCACGUCUUGGAGGAGCUGACCACAACCACGGAGAUGAUGAUGGGCCGGUUUGAGCGCGAUGCCUUCGACACACUCUUCGACCACGCACCGGAUAAGCUCAGCGUGGUGAAGAAGUCUCUCAUCACUUUUGUGAACAAGCACCUGAACAAGCUGAAUUUGGAAGUGACAGAACUUGAGACCCAGUUUGCAGAUGGAGUGUACCUGGUUCUGCUCAUGGGCCUUCUUGAAGACUACUUUGUUCCUCUCCACAACUUCUACCUGACCCCGGACAGCUUCGAUCAGAAGGUGCACAACGUGUCGUUCGCCUUUGAGCUGAUGCUGGACGGAGGGCUCAAGAAACCCAAGGCUCACCCCGAAGAUGUGGUAAACUUGGACCUCAAAUCCACCCUGAGAGUUCUUUACAACCUGUUCACCAAGUACAAGAACGUUGAGUGACUGGGGAGCAGCAGACAGCAGCGGGGACAGUUUCCCAGCAGGAGAAGUGCCAUCCGCCUGUGCCCCGCACCUCCCCAGGGUCUCAGCUGUGUGAUUAUCACCCCACCCCACCCCUGCCUUUUUUUGGUUGUGUUCUUAACCUCCUUCCCCUGUAAUUCCGCGGUGGGCAGGAGCCUUUGGAAAUGCAGGCUUCUAAACAUCAAGGCUGUGUUGCAGGCCUCGCCCCACCUUGUUCUGCAGGAUGCUGAGUCAGUUGUCUGCCUUGAUCAAAAGAUGAAAAGAAAAAGUCCAUCGACGGCACCCUGCGUUCCAUCUGAUGGAGCAGUCACGGUCACGGGUGCGUGGAAGUGCGCCGUCGGCUUUGCAGUAGUGCUGGCUCUGGGAGGACUCGGGCUCACCACUCUCCAGGAUCUCCAGGGCUGGGCUCUCCUUGAAAGUGAGGCCUUUUUGGUAAAAGAGUCUUGCAGUUUUACAAACUUCACUCUAAAGUCCCAGAAGCUUUAGAUGUGAUGGGAGUGUUCACCCCACGAUCCAAUGACUUCUUGGCCAUUCACCGGUGUUUUAGUUUUGCUUUUGAGCAAACAUCUGAGACCCAGGUGAUGCCGCCAUGGUCUGCAGGAGGAACGCUGUGCCGGGGCACUGCUCUGCUUCUUGCUGUGGCUGGGACCAGAGUUGGCUAUACAUGUGCUGCCCGUGACAGAUCAGGCCAGAACCUUCCUGUCUCAGAGGCCCUGUUUGGAAAUGGAUGCAUUUUCAGAAACGAUGAAUGGGUGAGGUGCACUAGUCUGCUCGUACCCCAGACUGGGUGGCUCAAGCAACAGAAACUUACUUCCUCAUGGUCCUGGAGGCUGCAAGUCCGAGGUCAAGGUGUCACAGGGCUGGUUUCUCCCGAGGCCUCUCUCACUGGCUUGCAGAUGCCGUCUUCUCCCUGUGUCCUCCCCUGGUCUUUCCUCUGUGCCUGUGUCUUAAUGUUCUCUUCUGAUAAGGAUGUCAGUCAUAUUGGAUUAGGGCCCACCCAUGUGACCUCAUUUACCUUAAUUACCUCUUAAAAGGUCCUAUCUCCAAGCACAGGCACAUGCUGAGGUACUGGGAGUUAGGGCUUCAGCAUAUGGAUUUGGGAACACAGUUGAGCCCGUAAUGGGGGAUAUGAAGUGUUCAUCUCGCUCUUUCCAGAGCCUGAUGAAAUCUCUCUUCGGGGCAUCUUGUAAAAUGAAAUGCUGACCACUCAUUUGGCUCUGGAGAGAAAUGGGGAUCCCAUCGGCUACAUUUUCUGGGCUGGCUGCUGGUCUCAGUGGGUCCUGCACUCUGGCAUCUCCCCCCAGUCUCCUUCCCCAGUUCCUGCUCAGGCUUCCACCUGCUGACCCCCAGGGCACCUCCUGCAAAGUGACCUCCUUCCUGGAGUUCUCGCAGCACUUGCGUCUGAUCUCUUAGACUUCCGCCUCCUGCUGUAGAUCAGAGCUGUUGAAUACAUCGUUCAUGCUAAAUUGAAAGCCAACACUAAAGUUUUAGGAAAUAGUUUAAUAUUCUCCCUUAGUUCCGGCUGUUGCUAGGCUGGGGAUGGGUUCAGAAUAGCCGUUUUGAUGGAAGUGGUUUCCCAGCAGGGGAAAGAAAUAAUUAAAACGGCAUUACAGCAUCUCCUGCGGGAUGCAGUGACAUUAAAGAGCCACAAUGACAAAAUACCCGGGGCUGGAACGUUCUGUGCCGCUUUCAUUACACGCACAGGAUCACAGCCACCUGGAGCCGGUGCAGUCGGAUCCACCCUGACUCGUGCUCAGGUGGGCUUGGUGAGGGCGAUGCUCCUCUGUGCGGGCCGAGGGGGACGGAGGGAGAUGGAGGAGGCGAGAUCAGGACCUGGAAAGAACACAGCUGUGGAUUUUCAGCCCAAGUGGGCAGCUCCGGCCCAAUCCAUGCCAGUGAAGGGGAGGAGAUGGUUUCUCUAGGACGGGCUUUGGCUUCCCGGGGCGGCCCCGGGGGCCCCCGCCUGGCAAGCCCAUGCCCACUUCACUGUCUUCUGUCUUUCAAGCAGGACAGUACGGGGGAUAAGAAGGUAUGUGGGGAAACCAUGACUGGGCACUUUUGCUUCACAACAGUGACCAUUUAAGGCUGUGAUUCCAGCAAAAAGUGUCAUCUUUUAUCCCAGUUCCUUCUUUUCCAGUCAGUUUGCAGGGGGAGGUGCACCUGCAGCACACCUGUGAAGGGCACCCUCGGCCCCUUCUCCCUUCACCAUCCAGUUGCCGUCAGAACCCACAGCGUGUCCUGGAUGGCACUGGCCAGCUCCCAAGCAGGAUUCGGGGUCACCUCUGCUGUGGCUUUGCUCCUCUCCUUGCAUUGUUCCUCUGGGCUUGGGCAUCAGAAACCACUUGCCUUUGACGCUUAGUGGGGCCUUUUUGUCAUACAAAUGGUUCUCUCAGUUCUCAGUUCAGGAAAUUUCUGGAACCCUUCCUCCUCUUCUGGCUCUACCUUUCCAGUGACUUGUUUUCCUCCGAAGAGGGACCCUGGUGCAUAAGAGCUAAGUGACAGCAAGAUCAUUUCUGUCCAUCCAUGGGGGCACAGGGAAGUCUCAGGUCUUACAGGCCCAAGUGGACGCUGGGCAGGAGCUGUGAAAUACUCACCUUUCACCCUCCGCAGUGUGCCCGGCCUUCGAGCCUGCCCGUGGCCCUGGGAGCCUGCGUGCAGCUGUGGUUCCCUUUCGACCACUGCAGGGUGCUGUGUAGGCGCUGAGCCCAGGGCCUGGCCUGAUGUCCUAAUUAGAUGUGACAAACAGCAAUUUUAUUUUACAGUAACUGAAUCCUUCCCCCCACCCCCCUGCUUUGUGUGCCAGUAUUUUAUUGUCUUUUUAAUUGUUUAAACAAUGUUGACUUUGGAUCUCUGGAUAUUAAAUAAAAGCCACUAAAACCCUGGCCAUGCUGUGGGUCGGGCCCGCCUGAUCGGCAGCAGCAGGAAGCCAUUGUUUUUCGUGAGCUCACGGCAGCGCAAUCAGAUCGCUUCCAGGCAGAGACGUGUGUCAGGGGCACGGUGAGUCACAGCGUGCUGUUAUUUAUUCCAAUAAAGGGUUCCCAAGCACGGGGCUUCCUCUUU